AUGCGAGCAGUUGCUCAAUUCGGCCAGGCACUCAAUGUCUCAGUCGUCGACGUACCCGUUCCGACCAUCCUCAAUGCAACGAAUGUCAUCGUCAAGAUCAACAUGUCCGCAAUCUGUGGAAACGAUAUGCAUACCUACCACGUGGAAUCAGGCUCGCCCGCGCAUUCAUACUACUACGGUCACGAGGCUAUCGGCUAUGUCACAGAAAUAGGCGAUGCUGUGCAAUUCCUAAGCGUGGGUGACUACGUAGUCAUUCCAGAUAACCUCGACAACGGGAACUGGACCAUGGAGCCUGAUGUGUAUGAUCCACCGCUUGGUUUUGGUGGAUUAGCAGGAGAGGUACUUCCUGGUGUGCAGACGGAGUUUGCAAGGAUUCCGUUUGCCGACAAUUCGCUGAUCCCCGUCCCUGUCAACGCAGGCACGAGUGAACCGACACUUAUUGAUUACUUGUUUGUUACGGACAUCUUUUCCACUGCUUGGUCAGGUGUUAUUUGGUCUGAUUUCACGCCGGGAGACUCUGUUAUUGUCUUCGGAGCCGGACCAGUUGGCCUCCUGGCCGCAUACUCUGUCGUUCUUCGUGGUGCUUCCCGCGUCUACAGUGUCGACCACGUGCAAGGCCGUCUAGACCUCGCUACUUCGAUUGGUGCUAUACCCAUCAACUACCGCAACUCGUCUGCGGUCGAUCAGAUAAUGCAGAGGGAGCCUGGCGGCGUACGGGGGAGCGUUGAAGCUGUAGGCUUUGAGGCUGAGACAGCGAAUGGCACAGUCGACUCGUCUAUCACCCUGCGCGAGCUGGUCUAG